GAGUGCAGACUUAAGGGUGUUUUCUUUGGCUUUAGUUUCACUUCAGCUUGUCUUCGGUGGGCGCCGGUCGUGGUGGAGACACGGUACCGAACCUGUAACUGAACCUGGACAGUGUCUCAAUGAAUCCUGACUUCAAACAAGAUGAUAAUGACUGGGUUGCAGAAACUAGAUUCUCCUGACUCUACCUGGGUGUCAAGCAAGAUUGAUGUGAUAAAGGAAGUCCCCAAUGACCUCAAAGAACAACCCUCAUCUGCUGAACAGAUUGUUUUCAGGAUUGCGUUAAGCCCAGACUCGUCUGACUCUUGCUGUGUGUCAUGCUGCAGCGAUGAGUCAAAGGAUCUUGGUAUUGCCUUUGAAGGACAGCCCUCACUGGAAAAACCGGUGACACUGCUACAGAGGGGAGACUUUUCUGGUCCUAGCUGUGUGCCCUGCAAUAGUGAUGCGUCAAAGGACCUUUACUUUGUGUUUAAAGAAGAAUCCUUAUCUGCUGAAGAGAUAAUCCAGCUCCAGAGCUCAGACUCGCCUGACCCUAGCUGUGCAUCAUGCCAGAGUGAUACAUCAAAGGAAAUUGUCAUCUUCUUUAAAAUAAAUUCAUUAUCUCCUAAACAAAUAUGUGAACAGAAAAGCUCAAAGAAGUUUUUUAGUCUAGAAUAUACUGAAGGUUUUGCAAGUCUGUGGGAGGAUGAGAAGGUGUUGGGAGAUGAGGCAGUAGCAGAGAUCAUAAAGCGAUUGCUUGACAAAGUGAAUAUUAAGGAGCUGAUUGAUCAUCUGCAUAAAAAUGCUGAUGCUGCAGUUUGUCAACGUAAACUCAAAUCUGCACUGGAGAAGAAGUUCCAAUGUUUGUCUGAAGGGAUUGCUAAGGCAGCAAACCCAACCCCUCUGAAUAAGAUCUACACAGAUCUCUACAUCACAGAGGGUGGAAUUGGAGAGGAGAAUGAAGAACAUGAGCUUAGACACAUUGAAGCAGUUUCCAGAAAACAAGACGGAAAAGAACUGACAAUCAGACUGGAACAACUUUUCAAAGAUUCACCUGGACAAAAUAACGGAGCCAGAACAGUGAUGACAAGGGGAGUGGCUGGUAUUGGAAAAACAGUCCUAACACAGAAGUUCACUCUGGACUGGGCUGAAAACAAAACCAACCAAAACAUCCAGUUCAUAUUCCCAUUCACAUUCAGAGAGCUGAAUGUCUUGAAAGGAAAAGAGUUCAGCUUGGUGGAACUUGUUCAUCAUUUCUUUACUGAAACCAUGGAAAUCUACAGUUUUCAAGAGUUCCAGGUGAUAUUCAUCUUUGAUGGUCUGGAUGAGUGCCGACUUCCUCUGGACUUCCAGAAUAACAAGAUCCUGAAUGACAUUACAGAGUCCGCCUCAGUGGAUGUAGUUCUGACAAACCUGAUCCGAGGGAAACUGCUUCCCUCUGCUCGUCUCUGGAUAACAACACGACCUGCAGCAGCCAAUCAGAUCCCUCCUGACUGUGUUGACAUGGUGACAGAAGUCGGGGGGUUUGCCGACCCACAGAAAGAGGAGUACUUCAGGAAAAGAUUCAGAGAUGAGGAGCAGGCCAGCAAGAUUAUAUCUCAUAUCAAUACAUCAAGAACCCUCCACAUCAUGUGCCACAUCCCAGUCUUCUGCUGGAUCACUGCUACAGUUCUGGAGAAUGUCUUUAAAACAGGACAGGCUGGAGAACUGCCGAAAACCCUGACUGAGAUGUACAUUUACUACCUGGUGGUCCAAACUAAGGUUAAGAUGGUGAAAUAUGAUGGAGAAGAUGAGACAGAUGAGCCCUGGAGUUCAAAGAGCAGAAAGAUGAUUGAGUCUCUGGGAAAACUGGCCUUUGACCAGCUGCAGAAAGGAAACCUGAUCUUUUAUGAAUCAGAUUUGAGAGAAUGUGAAAUCAGUAUCAACGAUGCUACAGAGUACUCAGGAAUGUUCACACAAAUUUUUAAAGUAGAGAGGGGGCUGUACGAUGACAAGCUGUUCACUUUUGUACAUCUGAGCGUUCAGGAGUUUCUUGCUGCUCUUCAUGUCCAUUUGGCCUUCACCACUUUGGGUGUCAAUUUGUUAAAAGAAAAACAACCCUCAUGGUUAUCCAUGUUUUUAAACAAACCAAAUGUUAUAGGUUUUUACCACAGUGCUGUGAAUGAGGCCUUACAGAGUCCAAAUGGACACCUGGAUUUGUUCCUUCGCUUCCUCUUGGGACUUUCACUGGAGACAAAUCAGAAACUCUUACAAGGCCUGCUGACACAAACAGAAAAAAGCACACAGGUAAAUCAGGAAACUGUCAAGUACAUCAAAGAGAAGAUCAAUGAGAAUCGGUCUGCAGAAAAAAGCAUCAAUCUGUUCCACUGUCUAAAUGAACUGAAUGAUGGUUCUCUUGUGCAAGAGGUCCAGCAGUUCUUAUCUUCAGGACCACUCCGCACAGAUAAGCUGUCUCCCGCUCAGUGGUCGGCCUUGGUCUUCUUAUUAUCUUCCGAAAAACAGCUAGAUGUAUUUGACCUGAGCAGGUUCUCUCCUUCUGAGGAGGUUCUUCUUAGGCUGUUGCCCGUUGUCAAAGCCUCAAAGAAAGUUGUACUGACCUUCUGUGUCCUUUCACAAAGAAGUCUCGAAGCUCUGUCCUCAGUUCUUGGCAUCAAGUCCUCUUCUUUGAGAGAGCUGGAUCUUAGUAACAACAAUCUACAAGAGUCAGGAAUGAAACUGAUUUCUGAUGGAUUGAAAAGUCCAAACUGCACUCUGAGAACUCUUAGGAUGAGUGGAUGUUCCCUUUUGGCGAGAAGUAUUGACCUCUUACAUCCACUUCUCAGCAGCGUGUUAUCUCGUCUGAAAGAGCUUGACCUGAGCAACAACAUCCUGCAAGGUUCAGCAGUUAAUAAGUUGUCUGAGGGACUGAAGAAUCCACAUUGUCAACUGGAAAUUCUCAGACUGAAUCUUUGUUGCCUGUCAGAGACAAGCUGUGAAGCUGUGUCUGCAGUUCUCAGCUCUGAAUCCACUAGCCUUAGAGAGCUGGACCUAAGUAACAAUAACCUGCGGGAUUCAGGAGUGAAGCUGCUAUCGGCUGGACUGGGGAGUUCAUACUGUAAGCUAAAAACUCUGAGGCUGUCCGGCUGUCUGGUCACAGAAGAAGGCCUUGCUUCUCUGGCAUCAGCUUUGAAUUGCAACCCUUCCCACCUGAGAGAACUGGAUCUGAGCUACAACCAUCCAGGAGAUUGUGGAGUAAAACUUCUAUCUGCUAAUCAGAAGGAUCCACGGUUCAGACUUGAAUCUCUCAAAAUAGACCCAGCUGGAGUCCAGUGGUUAAGACCAGGAUUGAGGAAAUAUUGCUGUAAACUCACGAUCGACAGAAACACAAUGAACCGAAACGUGAAACUGUCACACAACAACACAAAGGCAUCAUUUGUGGAAGAGGCUCAGUCAUAUCCCGAUCAUCCAGACAGGUUUGACAAAAACCAUCAGGUGAUGUGUUCAAAUGAUCUGACAGGUCGCUGUUACUGGGAGGUCGAGCUCAUGGGUGGUGUUCACACUUCAGUGUGUUACAAAGGAAUCAUCAGGAGAGGAGAGAGGAAUGAUGGUUGGUUCGGCGGGAAUGACCAAUCCUGGACCCUGUUCUAUGAUGGCAGCUGUUACUCUAUUUGGCACAAUAAGAAAGGAAUAUCUAUCCCUUAUACCACUAUCACCACAUCCUCUUCAUCUCACAGAAUAGCAGUGUAUUUGGACUCGCUGGCUGGAACUCUAUCCUUCUACAGCGUGUCCUCAGACACAUUGAGCCACAUCCACACCUUCCACACCACAUUCACCGAACCCCUUUAUGCAGGAUUUGGAUUGUGGUCAUGGAUGAAUGUACCUCUGGAUUCCUCUGUGCGUCUCAUCUCUUUCUAGAAGCAGUUAAGUCUCUAAACAAAAGGAGGCAGAGAAGUACCAUGUUGGUUCUUGAGAUGCCAGCUUAAAUGUCACCUUUGAUAUGUUGACGUCACAGCUUUCUUCCAAUAUGAUCAAUAUACAAGUACUUGCUGUCAUUGAUAUUCGGUUUACAGAGCUGUUAAAUAGUAUUUGCGUCUACAGAUUUCUUCUAUUUUUGGUGUUGUUCCACACUUAAAUGUUUCAUGUCUUCAAACUAAUUUCUGUAUCAGACAAAGGCAAGCUGAGUAAAUAAAUACAAACCUAAAAAAAAAACAGACCCUUUGUGAAAAAGCAACUGCCAUCCUUAAAUUAAUACUUCUUUGAAAGGUGAGUUUAAUUUCACUAGCCACACUCAGGCCUGAUUUUUGCCAGAUCUGUAGGAUUACGAAAUAACUCAAAUAGAACCUUUUCCACAACAUGAAGUAGUCUAAAAGAUCCGAAAAGCAACACAUCAUUCCAUCAAGUACCUAAAGAAAUUCUAGAACAGAUGGAAAAACAAGUCCUUGGCAUGCAUCAGUCUAGAAAAGUGUUCAAAGCCUUUUCUAAGGCUUUGGGACUCCAGCAAACCACAGUGAAGGCUAUUUUUCACAAAUGGAAAAAAAAUUGAACAACAUUGAAAUGUCCCAGCAGUUGCCAGACUACUAAUAUUACUCCAAGAGUACACUGACAACUAAUCUGAUAUGUCAGAAAAAGAUCAUAUAACAACAUCUGACAUCCCAUUUUUUUGGGUGGCCUAAUCAAAGCUCGGAGUUAAAUCCGAUUCUGAUUCUGUGGUGUGACCUUAAACAGGCCAUUCGUGGUUAGAUAAUUAUGCAAAG